AUGUCUUCUUUUGCGCACGAUUGGUCUGCAACUGGCACGGGAGGGAAGCUAAAGACACAUGGUAGACAUUUCCUGGAUAGUUACGGUAGAGUGUGCAGCUUGAGAGGUGUCAAUGUGUCGGGCUCUAGUAAAGCCCCCGCCAACCACGACAAUGGUACAUUCCCUGCCAAUCACGAUACAGUGACUUUCGUGGGACGUCCAUUUCCAAUCAAAGAAGCACACGAGCAUUUCUCUCGACUGAGGAGAUGGGGGCUCACAUUUAUUCGGUUUCUCGUGACUUGGGAGGCAGUUGAACACGCAGGACCGGGAUUGUACGAUCACGGAUAUCUCACUUACAUUCAUGAGCUCUUGUCACUUCUUCCUCGAUACGGGAUGUCUGCUUUCAUUGUUGUUCAUCAAGACGUAUGGUCCAGGUAUUCGGGCGGUUCAGGGGCUCCAGCAUGGACUCUUGAAUCCAUUGGCUUCGACCUUCACGCUUUGGAGGAAUCCGGUGCUGCGUGGUUGUUGGGGGUGAAAGGUGGUGGACACGUCGAGGCAGAACGCGGGAUUUGGCCUUGUGGAUACCAGAAAUUGGCAGCUGCGACCAUGGCCACUUGUUUCUGGGCAGGUGAUACCUUUGCACCCAAGUUGAAAAUCCAGGCUCCAGACGGGCAGUUAAAAUCUGUUCAGCAGUACCUCCAAGAUGCAUUUCUAGAUAUGUACACGGUUGUUGCGCAGAGACUAGGGGAUCUAGAUGGUGUACUUGGGUUUGAGAUUAUGAAUGAACCUCAUCGAGGGUACAUAGACCUCCCUUCGCUGUAUGCUUUCGAUUAUAAUACAGAUUUGCAUCUAUCCCACGUUCCUUCUGCAUUCCAGUCUUUUAUGCUCGGGUCGGGUUAUCCUACAGAGAUUGGCCACUGGACGCGCUCCUUUCCUAUGCCCACUCGCCUGACGUCUAACACUGUCUUGAAUUCGGCUAGCAGGAAGGCAUGGCGCACAGAUGGCCCUACACAAGGCAAAUGUGUUUGGGAAAUGCACACCGUUUGGGGCUGGGACCUCGACAAGAAUGAAGGUGUGGUGCUGCGAGAAAACUACUUCGUCAAAGAUCCAAUGACGGGUCGCAAGGUUGAUUGGUAUACCGAUUUCUACUACCCGUUUCUCAGAAGAUGGGCGGAUCGUGUCAGAAGUGUUUCUCCUAAUGAUAAGAUACUGUUCGUUGAGCCUAUACCAAACGAAUUUUGUCCCUCUUCAUGGACACCUGAGCGCCAAUUACCGAACAUGGUCUUUUCACCUCAUUGGUAUGACCUGAACGCCUUAUUUGCAAAAGCCUUCGGGGACUUUACGGUCAAUGUUCAAGGUUUAUCCAGGGGUAUGUUUCCCUUGAAGGCAUUUUAUUGGGGCCAGCAAGGUGCUCGAGACAACUUUUCAUUGCAAUUACGCAACAUAGUAGAAGCCGGGUACAAGGCACUAGGAGAAAAGCCUGUCCUAAUCGGAGAGUGUGGCAUACCCAUGGAUAUGAAUCACAAAGAGGCAUUUAUGGAUGACGACUUCAAGUGGCAAGCACGUAUGAUGGACGCGAUGAUGACAGGACUAGAGCAGGCUCUAGUGGGCUUUACCCUAUGGAAUUAUAAUCCUGACAACGACGAUGAGAAGGGUGAUGACUGGAAUGGCGAAAACUUCUCGUGGUUCAGCCGUCGCCGUGCCAUGCCUCCGAUAUUAUUGGAUUUUGAUCAGACAUCUUUCACGCUGGAUAACGGAGCGCGAAUUUUGCCCUCCGUAGUGCGUCCCUACCCUGCAAAGACUGCAGGUAUACCAAUUGGUUUCAGUUACGAGAUGACCACAGGAGUAUUCACAUAUGAGUGGGCUGUCCCUGAUACAUCCGAUCAAAACUUUAGUAAGGGCACAAAAGGCAACUCCCAGAGUAAUGCAUCGGUCUCACGCCCCCCGCUCUCGGAUCACCCUGCUGUCAACGCUCGAGAGACAGAAAUUUAUGUUCCUUCCCUGCUCACUCACGGAAGGAAACUUCUGGUCGAGGGACUGGAGCCCGAGGACAAAUACUUUUAUGACCCGGCCCGACAAACGCUGUAUAUCGUCCCCCAUGACUUCAAGCCGGGAAAGACUCACAAAGUCACAGUUUCAAUCAAGCCUCCUCCCAGACCUGCUUUCCAAGUCAAUUCCUUCUGGAGUGACUUUGGGGAGAUGUUCAGCUCUGGCUCAGUCGUCUUCCUUGGCAUAUUAAUAUUCAUCUAUACCCGGUACAACGGUUGAUCGUAGAGGACGGAUUGUACAUUCAUGAACAGCUUAAUAGUGUUACAAGUUCAAGUUGUGGAUACCAGAUAGAUGCUCUAUGCGUAAACACAGGCCUGGAAACUCAUCGAUCGAGAUGAUAUAUUUUGGGUGCUAUAUAGAUGGAUUUAAGCUUUGAAACUUGGGGUACUGAAGACUGUCGUGAAAUAUUUCAAGUGAAUGGACUUCAAGACCUAUUCAAUACGCGUUCCACCAUUUUGGUUGACAAUCCCAGGUAAUUUUCAGGGUCACAUAAGCUUUCUAGCAGAGAGCGCGUUAAACCACUGUGCUUGAUUUUGUCAUCUUGUAAUAGAAGAUCAAUCAGAGGUACGUCCCGUCGUGCGCUUUGCCUGCAUAUAUCGUACACCAGAUCGUGUGCAACCUGUCUCCCAAGGCUUGGCCCGAGACCCAUCAUCACAGCUUCAGAUACUAUAGCGCCUUUGGUGAUCUCGAGAUUUUUCUUCAUAGCUGGAGGAUGAACCUCAAGUCCGGCAAUCAAUUCGGCUGUCUUUACCAGUGUUGCAUGGGUCAGUGUGCAAAUUUGUGGAAGGGCGAUCCAUUCGAUCUCCCAAGGCCCGGUUGACCUCUCGUGGUCUUCGACCAUGGCCUCAUAUAAAGCGGUAGACAGCUGACGAACAGUGGCUGACAUGGCCGUGAUAUAGGCGCAUGAGAUUGGGUUUCUCUUCUGGGGCAUCGUCGAAGAUGAACCCCUGUGUGGGUAGUACGGUUCAGAGACCUCUCCUACCUCCGUUUGCAUCAUGAGCUUGACAUCGAAGGCGAACUUCGAACACGUCCCUGUGAGCAGCGCGAAGUAUCCGCCAACUUCUGCGAUGCGAUCACGUUCCGUAUGCCAUGCUAUCUCAGGUACUCCCAAUCCCAGCUCCUUUGCCAAUUCUUCUUGACAUUCCAAACCACGACCAUCUGAAAUGGUUGCCAAUGCUCCAGCUGCUCCACCAAACUGGACCACGAGCAGUCGCGUGCGGAUUUCUGCAAGACGCUGUCGAUGGCGGUAGAACGUAGACAACAACCGUGCGAGUUUGAAACCGAAAGUGAUGGGUACUGCUUGCUGCAGAUUACUGCGAGCAGCCAUCGGGGUGGCUUUGUGUGUUUCACACAAGAGGCGUAGACUAU